UGGGUGGGUCCGGGUCGAGAAGGGGACGGAGGAGUGGAGGUCGAGAGCACGAGUCUUCUCUCCCGGGACUGGGGGGGGUCUCUGGGGCUGGGCCCCCACUCCUGGCGCCCCCGCAGGGGCGGGGAGGUAUGCUCAGCACCCACUCGGUGUCCCCUGCGCCUUUACCCGCGAUCCUGUACGGUGGAGUUGGGGGCGUGAGGGAACCGAACCCCGCUUUUCCCGUCCUUGCUGCGGAGUCUGCGCUGAGCGCCUGGUGUGCGCGAGGGCGCCCCGCGGGAGCUCUCCCCGGGAGGAGAGCAUGGAGAGCCCCCCUCCGUUUCCCUGGUCCCCAUACACGCACACCUGGCGCUGCUGCAAAGUAGUUUUGGCGACGGUCGCCGGGCGGGUGGCAGCGGCGUGGCGCCCGGGGCCCGAGCGGUGUUGCGGCGCGCGCGAGUGUGUAUGUGUGUGUGUGUGUGUGUGUGUGUGUGUGUGUGGAGAGAUUAGGACGCGACUUGAAUAUUUAUGAGCUUUGCUCGACACGGACUCGCCGUGUUUACUUGGCUCUUUGUUCCUCCCCCCUCCCCUGGCACACACUCACACUCACACUCGUGCACACGCAACCCGGCCUGCGCACUUGCACGGCUCGGGGCGCGCCGCCGGGUGGCCUGCGCCCCCGCCCCGCCCCGCGAGGCGCCCCGAUGAGGCGGCAGCCACAGAACGGCGACCUCAAGAAGCAGCUCCACGAAAGGCAGCCGCGGAUCGCAGCGCUCAGCGACAAACAAGCUUUGGGAAGCAUCACUGCAGUGCCUGUCACGGGUCCUCAGGUCAGCUCCUUGCAGAGGUUGGCCGGGCAAGGAGCGGCCGUGCUACCUCAGGUUAGGCCAAAGACUCUGAUUCCAGACAGCCUCCCCGUCGCCCCGGGCAGGGACCGGCCACCCAAGCAGCCCCCGACGUUCCAGAAGGGCACUGUGGUCAGCAUCAAGAACCCCAGCCCAGCCCUCCCCACUGCCAACAACACCGUCAGCCAUGUGCCAACGCUCGGCAGCCAGCCCCAGGCCCUCGCCGAGCCCACCGCCAUCGCCUCGCCCCUGAGCGGCGCUGGGGUGGCCUAUGCCAUCAUCUCCACCUCCCCCAGCAAUGCCACCGCCAUCGCCCCCAGCACCGCCGUGCCCGUGGUCAGUGACAGCAUCAAAGUGCAGCCUCUCCUCAUCAGUGCCGACAGCAAGGUCAUCAUCAUCCAGCCGCAAGUGCAGACGCAGCCCGAAAGCUCAGCGGAGCCCCGGCCGCCCACGGAGGAGCCGUCUCAGGGAGCUCAGGCCGCCAAGAGGAAGAAGGAAGACCGAGCCCCGAGCCCGGAGAACCCCGAGAAAAUCGCCUUCAUGGUAGCGCUCGGCCUGGUCACGACAGAGCACCUGGAAGAAAUCCAGAGCAAGCGCCAGGAGCGGAAGAGGAGGAGCACCGCCAACCCCGCCUACAGCGGCCUCCUGGAGACCGAGAGGAAGCGGCUGGCCUCCAGCUAUCCCAACAGCCCCCUGUUCCUCACAGCGCGAGCCAAUGAGGACCCCUGCUGGAAGAGUGAGCUUCCGCGCGAUGAGCACUGUACAGCCUGCAAGCGGGGAGCCAACCUGCUGCGCUGCGGCGCCUGCCCGGGGGCCUACCACCUCGGCUGCCUGCACCCGCCCCUCAAGGCGGCGCCCAAAGGCGGGUGGCUGUGCCCCAAGUGCCAGCAGAAGGCCUUAAAGAAGGAUGAGGGUGUGCCCUGGACUAGCAUGCUGGCCAUCGUGCACUCCUACGUCACCCACAAGACAGUCAAAGAAGAGGAGAAGCAGAAGCUCCUGCAGCGAGGCAGUGAGCUGCAGAGUGAGCACCAGCAGCUGGAAGAGCGGGACCGGCAGCUGGCCUCGGCCAUGCAGAAAUGCCUGGAGCUUAAGACCAGCCUGCUGGCCCGCCAGAGGGGCACCCAGUCUUCGCUGGACCGCCUCCGGGCCCUCCUGAGACUGAUACAGGGCGAGCAGAUGCUCCAGGUCACCAUGACAACCAUGAGCCCCACCCCACUGCUGGCCGGGCCCUGGACCAAGCCCUCAACUGCUGCCAUGCGCUCCACCCUCCAGCACCCCCAGGACCACAAGUGACCCCAGAGACCUGUCUUUGCGCCCACGGAAAGUUGCUGGGACCCUGCUCGUGUGACUCGGGGUUCUGUUGGCCUUAACUCAUACACUCUAUGAAUUUCAGACAAAAAAGCAGAUAGAGAACCAAGGAGAAGGAAAAGGAGCCAGACAAGCAGCCCAGAGCCGCGACGGGGAGGGGCACCCGUGUCUUCCCAGUCCAGGAAGGAGACUCCUGGCAGCCAGGGGGCGUGUGCCAGGCACAGGUGGCGCCCAUCCUUGGGUGCCUGGGGCUGCCCCGGCUUCCGGCCCUCCCCGCAGCCCCACCCACACUUUCGGGAGCAGAGGCUGCACCAGGAGGUCGGAGGCUGCAGACUGGCUCUGCCUGGCCCUGCAGGUCCACCUGGAGCCCCCUGCCGGGAGGGCAAGCAGGCGCGUUAGCUGAGUAGUAGGGUAGUUGGGCUGGGCGUGGCAGGAGAAGAGGGUAGCAGAUCUAGGUAGUCCUCCAGCGCCCGCCUCAGGCCGCCCAGGGUUCCCAUGCCUGCCUUCCCAGACCCCCGCCGUCGUCAGUGUUACUAGGUUGAGAAGCAGCUGUUGAACUUGAAAGCCAGGAGGCGCCCGCCCGCCGCCUUUUGGACUCACUUCCCUACCGCUCAGUGUUUCUCUCGCGGGGCUUUGGGCAGGCUGGAGCUGCCGCCACGCAGAGGAGGCGUGUGGCAGGUUUCUCUUUUGGGUUGAAUUGCUCAGCUUACAACGGGAGCCUUUUAUUUUCUGCUUCCCAAGAGCCGCUCAGUAUUCCAGUCCUCUCUUCUUGCCAGUACAGACGCGAUGCCAAAAAAUAACUUUACAUUUUUGUGUGGCAUUUUUAGUUGUGAGGUAUUUAAUGUGAAGGGGCCCCUGCUCCCUUCUCUGCGUCCGGUGGUCUCAGCCCUUGGGGUACGAAGGGGAGUGCCCCACCCUCUGCAGGCCUGGCCAGCCCGAGAGACCUGGGGGGUUUUAAAGAACUGGGGUGCAGAGUCGGGGAGUCCCCUCCUCUCGCGGCGUCCCAGUUCGCAGCGAGCUGAGGCUCCCUGGGCCUCUCCCCAGGCCUCCCGCUUCCUGGGUGGGCUGCGCCCGCUCAACUCACCCACCAGCUUCCUGUCCCCUCAGGGGACUCAGCACAACAAGAUAAGUGUCCAGGAGCCCGGGGGCUCCGCCGCAGCAUAUCACAUGGUGCCGAAUGCAUUGAACACGCGUGUGCGUGUGCGUGUGCGCGCAGCCCGGGCCCAGACGCACGCAUGUGCACAGGCGUAGGUGCAGUGCCGGGAGGCUGGGAGCCCUGCAGCCUGCCCUGCCGUCCCUCUUGUCAUUUCCACGUCUCCGGGAGAAACUGUGCUGUACGAUACAGAUCUAUUUUAAUACACUCAACACUGGGUUGAACAAGAUUUUUAUAUUUUAUUGAUGAACAAAGUGAGCCGCGUGAGGCCCACGUCUUAUGUGUUGGUCACUCUCGAUGCCAAUUACGCAUUGCUGCGAGACGCGCGACCUAAAUGUCUUCAGGUUCCUCUUCUGUUGGUUUGCUUUUCUUCUUGGAUGGAUUGGAUCAGACCUUUUCUAAAUGUCACGGGAGGAUGUGGAAGGUUGGACCCGGGAGGGGUAGCUGCCGACGUGUCUUGAGACUGUUAGUUUUUUUGGACCAAGGAGGACCGUCCAGUGGAUAGUGAGGAUAGAGAAAAAGUGUUUGUCUUAAAUAUGCCGACGUAGUUUUCCUUCUGUACGAUGCAUUAAACUUGAUUGAUGAUUUUAAA